GGGGCUGUGCCAGGGGGCCGGCGGGGCAGGGCGCAGCGGCGGCGCUUGGCCCCGCCGGGCUGCCGUCGCGGGGCGGGGCCGCAGCGGCAGCCAUGGCGGCGUCAGUCGUCCCGGAGAGUGACAGCAUCCGCAGGGCCGUGUCGCUGCUCAACGCUGUGGAUCCGGGCCGGUUCCCGCGGCUCCUCUCCCGCCUUCUCCAGAAGCUGCACCUGAAGGCUGAAAGUACCUUCAGUGAAGAGGAAGAAGAAAAACUUCAAAUAGCUUUUUCGUUGGAGAAGCAGGAUCUUCAUCUAGUUCUUGAAACUAUAUCAUUCAUUUGGGAACAGGCUGUCUACCAUAAUCUGAAGCCUGCUUCAUUGCAACAGCAGCUGCAAAGCAUUCACCUGGAUCAAGACAAAGCUGAAGCAUUUGCCAGUGCAUGGGCAGCUGCAGGUCAAGAUACGAUUGAAAAGUUCAGGCAGAGGGUUUUGACCCCUCGGAAGCUUGAAACAAUUGGAUGGCAGCUUAACCUUCAAAUGGCAGAGUCCACGCAAGCGAAGCUGAAGUCUCCUCGAGCUGUGCUAGAGCUGGGAGUGAGCAGUGAAGAUGGAAAGAGAACAUUACUGUCUCAAAAGUCUUUUAAUAACUGGCUGACCGGCUGCAUCUUUGAUGUUUUAAAGAACCUGAAGAAAGUAUUUGUAGAAUUUAAUCAUCAGGAGCUGUUUGAGUUCUAUAACAAGCUGGAAACUAUACAAGCACAGCUGGAUUCCCUUACAUGAUAUUUUUGAAGACUUACUUCUCCAUCACACUCCUGCCACCUUGUUAUUUUGAAUUAAAGAUAGAUUGCCAAGCUGUGUUUGCUGAAGGAUUCAGUGGGUUGCUUCCUGUAAAAUUAUAUCUCUUAUCUCCUUUUUAGACCAGUAACAUUAGCCAAGAGUCAUUGUUAAGAAUCUGAAGAUUCUAAUGGACUUUCACUUGUUUUCUGAGCAAUUGUGAAGAGUGGGUUUGCUUACAGGAAAAAAAAAUAAAAAUAAAUGCUACACA